AUGGAAAUGUCGAAAUGUUUAUGUCUUAUGAUUAUUGCUGUGAUCGCCAUUACAGCUAAUGCAUCACCAUCUAGAGAAAGACGCAAUGGUGGUGGUGGUGGUGGUUCUGGAGCGAAUUGUGGCAAUGGCAAUAAUGAAAACAACCAGCAACCAACAACGUAUAUUGUUGCUCCAUCCAGUAAUGGAAACAAUGGUAACAAUAAUAACCCAAACUGGAAUGGUCGACCAACUUAUACGCUUACUCCAGACAAUUAUACUAUUAAUAAUCAACAAACUUACAACAGUACAACAAUAAAUAAAUGUUCAUCAGGCACAACUCACUGUUGUAAUAAUUAUGCUAGUUCAAGUUCAACUACCAGUGGUCGCCGAAAAAGAAAUCUUUUUUCGUGGUUUGGAUCUUUCUUCCACUCUAGUUCCAGUACUAAUAAACAAGUUACAUGCUCUAAUGCUGCAACAGGUGGUGCUAGUGGUGAUCAAUAUAAUGGAUGCUAUCAAGGUCAAAGUUGUUGUCAAGGAAAUAACAGUACUGGUGUUCUUACUCUUUCAUGUUCAUCAGUUUCUACUAGUUCCUCUCCUAAUGACAGCAGCUAA